UAGGUUUGUGUGCGCUCCUCUGUUUGGAGUGGUUCUCAUAGACGAGUGGCUGUACUUGUCCUCCAGGCCACACCUCACAAAGAGUCAAUGUGCUGCACUUGACAAAAGAGCGGCGUCUUGUUUUCAAAGGCGGAGGUCGCGGGGAGAAUACUCGGUCUGCUAAAGAUCAAAAUGGAGCAGAAGCUAAACUUCCAGGAAAUACGUCUCCACCCUGGGCACAAUCUGGAACAACUUCAGCCCAAACCUCAGGAGAGAGACCAAUGGGGCAGUAAGAUGGAGUUUAUUCUGGCUGUGGCCGGACAUAUAGUGGGACUGGGAAAUGUCUGGAGGUUUCCUUACCUUUGCUACAAGAAUGGUGGAGGAGUUUUCUUCAUUCCUUAUGUUGUGUUUUUGGUCACCUGUGGCAUUCCACUCUUCUUCUUGGAGACAUCCUUGGGUCAGUUUACAAGUCAAGGUGGAAUAACAUGCUGGAGAAAAAUCUGCCCUCUUUUCGAAGGCAUAGGUUAUGGGAGCCAAGUGGUAGUGUUGUACACUGGGGUUUAUUACAUCAUUAUCCUGGCGUGGACCUUUCUGUACCUGUUCUCAUCGUUUGGUUCUGAGAUUCCAUGGGUGAGCUGCAAUAACAGCUGGAACACAGAUAGUUGCUUUCAGCACAGUCACAAUCAAACUGGAAAUACUUCAUCAUCAGUAGUAGAGUUUUGGGAAAGGAGAAUUCUGGGGCUAUCUCAUGGAAUUGAUGAGAUUGGGAGCAUUCGUUGGGACCUGGCUCUUUGUUUACUUCUUGCUUGGAUCUUGUGUUACUUCUGUGUUUGGAAUGGAGUGAAAUCCACCGGAAAGGUGGUGUACUUCACAGCAACAUUCCCAUAUGUGAUGCUGGUGGUGUUGCUUGUCCGUGGCCUUACAUUACCCGGAGCAAAAGAAGGCAUUAUGUUUUACCUCUACCCAGACCCGUCUCGCCUCGCUGACCCAGAGGUAUGGAUGGAUGCUGGAAGCCAGAUUUUCUACUCCUAUGGAGUUUGCACAGGGGUUUUGACAUCAUUAGGAAGCUACAACAAGUACAACAACAACUGUUAUAGGUGUGUGUUUUUGUACUGUUUUGUAAAAGUCGGUUCAGAUCGUCACUAUGACAACAUAAAGGACAUGAUUGGUUAUCAUCCCUGGCCCUUCAUGAAAUACUGCUGGAAAUACUUGACGCCGGCCAUCUGCACUUGCACAUUUGUGUUUUCUUUAGUCAAAUAUACUCCUCUCAAAUUCAACAACGUAUACGAAUACCCUUGGUGGGGAUACGCCCUCGGAGGAUUCUUUACUCUUUCUUCCACAUUGAUGGUUCCUCUAUGGAUGCUUUAUGCCGUAACAAGCAAACCUGGAUCCCUAACAAAAAGGCUGAAACUUCUUUGCACCCCAUCCAAGGACUUACCAAGCCCACCGUCCAAGAAAGCAUCAAACUUUGAAGCAUUUCAGACUUUCACAGACCUUCACACAUUACGCACAAACCAGAGUCCAACCGACGCAGAAAAUCAGCGAGUAUUGAUGGUCUGAAACGCUGGAGACAAUGGUGACGUAAUUUUUAUGAAUACAGUUCCAAAGCUGGCAAUUAAAACACAGCAAGAAGGAGCGUCCACAUGAAGACUACAACAACAUGGCCUUAAGUUUUACAUUUAAGUGCUCCAUCACAAAGGAGUUUAGAUUUAACACAUUAAUGGAUAGGAUUCAAGGAUUUGACAGGUUUUUCAUUGACUUUACUGGUAGUUGUUGGUUUGAGUUUUUGUCGUAAGUCGUAAGUCGUAUUUCCAAUCAACACUGUGAAUGGAGGAUGUGCUCAUGUAGUCUUUGAAAGUGUACCUAACCACUUAUGUGUUUGGAAAGGCAAAGACUUUUGUCUGCAGAUGCCUAAACUAAA